AUGGAUCCCACUCCUGUGUCUUACUCUCUCUGGCUGAUGCCUGACCCUGGUGAGGUUCAGGAAAGGCUGGACAACUUGGUGGAGCGGAUGGCACGGGAGUUGAAUGCUCCAAGAUUUGACUUUCAUGUGACCCUUUUUGGCAGCAUCAAGUCUGCAAACCUUCCGGAGUUGAAGUCCUCACUCGAAAUGCUGGCUGGUGGGCUGCAGCCUUUCGAUGUGUCUUUCGGGGAAAACAGCCUUGCGGUGUAUGAUACCUGGAACCAAAACGUGCUGCUGCUGGCAGAAGAGACAGCUGAGCUGAAAGCCGCCAACUUGGCGGCCCAGCGAGUCUUUGCCGACCCAGCGGCUAAG